AUGUAUACCAGGAUCUUUCCCAAUCUCUUCAAAAAAACCAAAGACGUCCCGAUUGUCUUUGGAAACAUCCCCUCGUGGGUUGCCUUGGGCAUGGCGAUGGCUGCAUGGUCUCGCAAGACAUCCUUGGAGCUUCAAAAUUCCGCCGCGACAGUCCAACAUAAUCCUUCUGAUGUUGCGCCGGUCAAUCCUAAACUCGAAAAAUAA